UUCUGUGUUUUCAACGGAGAGAGAGCCAAGAAGAAAAAUGGCGUCGGUUGGCUACCCAGAGCGGGACACCGGCCAUUCUCAUUAAGCCUUCCGCCCCUAAAUUGAUACCGUGAGCUGGUGGGAACUUCUCGGGAACUUUCGCAUGAGCCGUUUGUGUCCGCUUUCUUAGUUUUUCUUCGUUGCGCGUGGCGUCUCGCGGCUCCGAGAUUGAAGCGGAACAGAAGGGGCGCUCUCCUACAAUGAGGGGGAGAAGAGGAAGGCCGCCCAAACUGGCAGCAGGGAUGCGGGAAGGCUCACCCGUGCCAGCCCGUGGCUCUCGGAGUGGAAGGAGCCGAGGGAUGCGGGGACGAGGACGGGGCAGAGGACGGGGUCGUGGACGCGGCUUAACCGACGGCGGUUGUGUCACCGGCUCCGCCGAGCUGGAUACGGAAAUAUCAGGCCCGGACAACUUUAAUUUGUCCCGGGGCCGCAAGAAAGUUGGAGCCGCCACCUCGGAGGCGAGCGCGGCAUCGCGGGGCAGAGGAGGCAGAGGGAGAAGCAGGGGGUCGAGAGGCGGCCGCGGCAGUAGAGGCGGAGUGAGGCGGCCUCCGAUGAAGGUGGUUUACGACGACAACAGCGACGAGGAGGACGACAAUUUAAGCUACCGAUCGGAGGAAGACGAACUCCUCAACGACAACCCCUCUUCGGAUCUGGAAGAAGAAGAAGAAGAGGCCUUGGAAAACGACUCGGACUAUUUGGAGGAACCACCAGAUGAAGAUGAGGAUGAUGGCAGCUACUGCACCGAGAGUAGUACCAGGAGCCAAAGCUCGACCGGGAGCACCCCAGGUCGACGAAGGAGUCGAGUGGUGCAACCGCAGUCUCCUGCUUUCGAGGCACAAGACAUUCCACCCUUGGAGCUUCCCAAGUCCUCGGAGGAUCUUCUGGUUCCUACCUCACAGCUACUCAACGUGUCUGCUGUGUACGAGGUUCUCCGCAACUUUGGCACAGUGCUUCGGCUUUCUCCUUUCCGUUUUGAGGAUUUCUGCGCAGCGGUUGCCAGCCAGGAGCAGUGCACGCUCCUGGCAGAGACUCAUAUCUCCCUUCUCAAGGCUAUACUUAGAGAGGAGGACACUUCGAACACUACGUUCGGGCCAGCCGAUGUGAAGGAUUCUGUCAAUUCCACACUUUAUUUUGUGGACGGUAUGACGUGGCCUGAGGUCUUACGGGCAUACUGUGAAAGUGACCCGGAAUAUCGACACAUUCUCCCGUUCCAAGAAGGAGAGGAUUACCCGUUUGAACCCUUGGAGAGCAAAAUUAAAGUUCUUCAGUUUCUAGUGGACCAGUUUCUUGCGACUAACAUAGCCAGGGAGGAGCUCAUGUCAGAAGGUGUUGUAGCUUAUGAUGACCAUUGCCGGGUGUGCCAUCGCCUGGGCGACCUGCUGUGCUGCGAGACCUGUGCAGCCGUUUACCAUCUCGAGUGUGUGAAGCCGCCACUGCAGGAAGUGCCGGAGGACGAGUGGCAGUGUGAGGUGUGUGUCGCGCACAAAGUGCCAGGAGUGGCAGACUGCAUCCCCGAAAUACAGAAGACCAGACCCUUCCUUCGGCAGCUGCCAGUCGGAUAUGACCGACACAGUCGAAAAUACUGGUUCCUGAACCGUCGCGUUGUCGUAGAAGAAGAUGGCGAGCAGGAGAAUAAAACAAUUUGGUACUACAGUACGAAGGUCCAGCUAGCUGAGCUCAUAGGAUGCUUAGAUAAGGAAUACUGGGAGGCUGAUCUUUAUGCUGCCCUCGAGGAAAUUCGGGAUGAAGUUCAUGCACACAUGGACAUCACAGAAGACCUUACCAACAAGGCUCGGGGCAACAACAGGUGUUUCCUCAAUGUUGCCAAUGAGGAGAUCCUGGAGCGUCUGCGAGCCAAGAAGGAGGAAGAGCUAGCGGAAGUAAAAAGACAGGCAGCUGAGGAGGCCCUUAAAGCUCGUCUAGAGCAGGAGAAGGAGGACGUAGAUGUUGAAAAAAAUGCUAAUGAAGACGCCAAGCUUGAUGAAGAACAGCAAGUUGUAAGCGUCAAAGAAGAGAACACCAAUGAGGAGUGCAAGCAGACAAUUGAAGAUACAGAAGGAGAGAAAAAGGAUGUCAAAACUGAAGCGGAACAACUACCAUCAGACUCUGCUCCUCUUAGUGGUGAUGGUGUUCCAAGUCUCAGCCAUCCCAACCAGAUUGUUGAGGAGAACAGUAAUAGCAGCAUGGGCCUGAUGGUCCCACCCAGGGGCCCUGAACCUCCAGACCUGGCUGACAAGUCCUCCCAGUCAUCCCUGGCAAGCUUCGAAGACACAGGAGAUGGGAAAGAUUCUAGCAACGGUGAAUGUCCAAGUGGAAAGAAGUCAUCUGCUACUCGUAUGGUGACCCGCCUGAGGAACCCAGAGAGCAAGUUGAGCCAGAUGAAGAGCCAGCAGGUGGCAGCUGCCCUUCAUGAGGCCAACAAGGGCUUCAAGGAAGGAAAAGAGAUCCUUGUAGUGAAUGCACAAGGUGACAUUACCCGUGUCAGCACACGCAGUAAGGACGUGGUGAUGAAAGGGACGCUCUGCCAAUACUUCAAGCUCGGUCAGGAGGGCAAAUAUCGUGUCUACCAUAACCAGUACAGUACAAACACCCUGGCCCUCAAUAAGCACCAGCACAGAGAGGAUCACGACAAAAGGCGGCAUCUCUCCCACAAGUUCUGCAUGACUCCAGCAGGGGAAUUCAAGUGGAAUGGGUCCAUCCACGGUUCCAAGCUUAUAACUAUCUCUACAAUAAGGCUGACUAUUAUCCAAUUGGAAAACAAUGUUCCAUCACCAUUCAUGCACCAUAACUGGGCCUCACACAGGACCAAUUGGAUCAAAGCAGUACAAAUGUGCAGUAAGGCCAGGGAGUUUGCCCUGGCUCUGGCCAUCAUGGAGUGUGCAAUCAAACCUGUGGCAACCAUGCCAGUCUGGAAGGAUUCACUUGGCCACACCAGGUUAAACCGCAUGACCUCCAUGGAGCGUGAGGAGAAAGAGAAGGUAAAAAAAAGGGAAAGGAAGUUGGAGGAAGAAGAGACGAUGCAACAGGCUACAUGGGUCAAAUACACUUUUCCAGUUAAACACCAGGUAUGGAAACAGAAAGGCGAGGAGUAUCGUGUUACAGGUUAUGGCGGCUGGAGUUGGAUCAGUAAGACCUAUGUCCAGAGGUUUCUGCCGAGACUUCCUGGCAACACCAAUGCCAACUACCGCAAAGAACUUGAAGAUGCUAAACUUGGCCUAAAGUGCACCCUUUUGGACUUGAGUCGACGACCGAGUAUCCAUGCACCUGAAACUCAGGGAGUCUCUGGCUUGAACAGUGAUACACCAGACAAAGAUUCAUCUUCAGCUUCCAAACCCUCUCAAGACAAUCAGUUGCUAGACGAUGUUUUGGCAUCUAGUGAAAAGAUUGAAGAGGAAAAGAAAGAAGCUGAUUGUAAAACAGAAAAAUCUGAGGAAUUGCCUGUUGACCACUUACCUGCCAAGAGGGAGUUGGAUUCCACUAACUUGAAAUCGGAUGAUGAACAAAUGUCCAGUAUUAAGGAGGAGUCUGUGAAGGAGGAGGAAAUUACAGAUGACCCCCUUCGUCCUUUUAACUACGAUGUGGUGGAUGUCAGUAAGGGCUUCAACACUCGCAUUCCAUACAAGAAAAAGGUAAAGUCCUCCAAACUCGACGGUCUGCUGGAGCGGCGUGUGAAGCAGCAUACGAUGGAGGAGAAGACAAAGAGUGUGUCUGCAUUCAAACCCAAGAGCACUCCACCUCUUUCACCCGCCUCUUCAACACCACCGGCCACCCCAGUCCGACCACGGUCACCGCUGAAGCCCCAGUCGCUGACUCAGACACAGCUCAAAGUGGUCGAAGCUGUGACAGAGGAUCAAAAAUUUUGCACAAUUCCAAUUUCUAGGCCUGCAGACGCAGGAAUUGAAGGUAACAGUCAGGCUGUCAUCUCAAUAACCACGGAUGAUGUAGCUGCUCGACUUUCAUCUGUUCCUGAUCCAACACUCAAAGACAGUUGCAGUUCUGUUUCAGAAAGAGAUUCUUCUUCACCACAUAAACAAACCAUUACAUUGUCACAGGAAUUGAAAGUAGAUUCUGUAGAAAGGACUACGGGGCCAAAAGAUUGCUCUACAGAGCAACAAAAAGACAGUUCUUGCUUAGACGCCACUAAUGAUGGACUUAUUGAAAAUAUUGGGUCUGAGGUGCCUAACACGGACUCCUUUAGAAAGGUGGACUCAGUAAGGACACAUACAAAUAUUGUUGACCAAAUAAACAGUGAGAAUUCACCCCUCCCGAAAACUUCACAGAAAAGCCCGGAGACAUUAAGCUCAGUAGACGUAACCACUGAGAUAAAUGGCACAGUGCCUGAGGAAAACCAGGACAAUAUGCAGGAUGCCGAUGAGUCAAGUUCUCCUGUUUCAGUUUCUCCUCUCCCUCAGAUAAAUGGUAAGGACGGUUUAGGGUCUGAGGUCGAGCUGAGAAACUCUGUGGUAAGUCCAAAUAAUAAUGUUAUAACGAACAAAACCAAGGUGAACAGCAUUGGUCAAGUAGAGAAUGAAGGCAUAAACUCACAGCAAAAGCUUUUGGUAAAUGGAGAUUUGGUUCUUAUGAACAAAAGUGCACAUGGAGCAGAAAAAGAACAGACCCCUUCAGAAUCAUUUGAGAGCAACAUAAUGACACCAGGUCAAGAUUACCAACCACCUGUGAAAAUAUCAAAACUGGACAACAAUAUUGAUUCAUUUGAAUCUCAUAUCCCGAGCACUUUGCGGCUCAACAGCUCAUUUGGAUGUAAAACCAGCCCUGUUGUUAAGAUCAUCAGAAUGGCACCUUCGCCAAUACCUUCAACGGAAGAGUCCAGUUUAAGUGACGAGUUUGCAGAGAACAGUGACCGGGAGACGGCAACACCAUUGAAGACGCUUGUCAGCGAGGGAACAACCAGGGCGUUGGCAACGGAAAGCGCCGUCUCCACCCUCACGACCAUGACCAAAAGAACCUUGACUAAAAUCUCUUCGUCCAGUUCUUUAGAAGACAGCCAGAAUGAGAGACUGGCUCAACGGGAGGACUCCCUUUCACCCUCCACCAAUAAAUCAAUAACUGAAACCAGUAGUACAAAUUCUGCAUCACGCGCAGAUAUAUUUCAGGAAGACUCAACAACCAGGGGCCGAGUACGCCUCCGCAAAUUUUCCCGCACCAAAAAGGUGCGCUCGGACACCGCACUUCCUUCUUAUCGUAAGUUUCUCACCAAGAGCAACCGCAAGAGCAUUUUUGUGUUGCCGCACGACAACUUGAAGGUGUUAGCGAGGAGGGGCGGAUUCCGUGAAGUGCCAGUCUUUAACUAUAACGCCAAGCCAGCCCAGGAUAUUUGGCCGUAUCCUUCCCCAAGACCCACAUUUGGCAUCACUUGGAGGUAUCGCUUGCAAACAGUGAACACUUUGGCUGGUGUGAGUCUGAUGCUUCGACUGCUCUGGGCCUGUUUGAGAUGGGAUGACAUGGCUGUAAAGCCAUCUGCAGCCGUUGGUACUACACGGACAGAGACGUCAGACACAGAAAUCACUACCACAGAGAUCAUCAAGCGGCGUGACGUGGGACCCUACGGCAUACGCUCGGAAUACUGCAUCCGCAAAAUUAUUUGCCCACUUGGAGCUCCUGAGACCCCCAAAGAAACCCACACCCCGCAGAGGAAAGGGCUGCGCUCCAGUGCCUUGCGUCCCAAGAAACCCGAACCUCCCAAGCAGACGGGCCCCGUUGUGAUUGAGACAUGGGUUGCUGAGGAGGAGCUAGACCUUUGGGAGAUCAGAGCUUUUUCAGAGAGGGUCGAGAAAGAAAAAGCUCAAGCAGCCGAACAAGCCAAGAAACGUCAGGAGCAGAAGCCAGGCUCGGUCACGGUCACUCCAACGGGAACUCCCGCAACACCGGCUGCGACGCCUAAGGUCAUGGUGGCUUCACUGACAGGCCAGGGAACUCCGAGCGCCAAGGUGGUGCUGUCUUCAAAGAUGGGAACGCCUGUCAAAUAUCAGCAGACCAAGAACUUCCAGCAGUCGUUUGCCACGUGGAUAAAGCAGAGUCAAAACUCACCAGACACCACGGUGACCACGACUGGUGGACACACAUUUCAAAUUACAGGAACCACAGUGGGUGGGAAGGUACUGACCACCAAGCUGCCUCUUCCAGCCAACAGCAAGCUCAUCACGGUCAACAUGGCAACUUCCCAAGGAGGUGCCAUGCAACAGAAGGUGUUGGGUAUCAUCCCCUCUGGUACAACGGGUAGUGCUCAGACCUUUAUCAAAUUGCCUCGCACUACACCUGUGAACAUCAGGCCCAAUAUCCCAGGCACACAACAGCCGAUCCGGCCUGGUGUAACAACGAUUCGAACCCCAAUGCAGCAGGGCGGGCCUAUGGGAAAGACAAUAAUUAGAACACCACUUGUAGUCCAACAAGGUCAGAAUGGCCAACAAGUUGUAAGUCAAAUCUUACAAGGCCAGACAGUGUCCACUUCAGUUUCUGGAGCCAGCCCCGUCGCCACGGUUACGGGCCAGGGCCAAGCAAGCCCUGCUACAGCUGGAAUGACAUCCGGCCAGGUUAAACUCAACAUCGCACAGCUAACCCAGAAGCAGCAGGCUGGCUCAGGUGUUGGUGGCUCCCACCAGGCUCUGACAGUGAUGAUUCAAGGUCAAGGUCAGACCACCGGCCAGCUUCAGGUCAUACCUCACGGAGUCACGGUCAUUCCGGGUCCCGGCCAGCAGCUCAUGCAGGCCACCUUGCCCAAUGGCCAGAUGCAGCGGUUCUUAUUCACACCCCCUGCCGCAGUGGCAACAACUGCGCCAAGCGCAGCCACCACACCGUCCAACCAGCCCAACUCUGACUCGACAAAAACACCGGCCCAGCCUGCUCAAGUGGCAGCUGCUCCAGUGCAGCCAGGGGCAGCAACCCUGGCUACCACCAGCACCCAUUCGGCAUCCACUCCACAAGGGCAGUUACCCUCACAGACGCAAGCCCACAUGCCUAUUCAAUCUCCCACCUCGUUGCAAGUGACAACACAGGGUGGAACGGCACAACUGCAACUGCAGCAGAACCCCCAAAUCAUCAUGUCUGGACUGCAGCAGCAGGUCCAGGUCUUGGCCCAGCUGCAGGCUCAGCAAAGUGGCACAUCAUUACCACAACACUUCAAACUUCAGCUUCCUGUUCAGAUACAGCAAACUGGCCUCACUUCGGGACAGGGAGGACAGAUGGGGAAUGUUGUGACCAUUCAGGCUGCUUCCGUACAAGAGCAGCUGCAGAGGAUCCAGCAGCUCCGAGAGCAACAACAGCAGAAGAAGAAACAAGCUGCAGAAGCCAAAAAAGAGCAAGCCCUCAACUCUGUAAGCCAGAAGGACAUCAUUCAAAAGCAGGUUGUGAUGAAGCAGAACGCUUUCAUCGAAUAUCUGAAGCAGAAGAAGACGCUUACACCUGAGGAGAGAGAAGAGAAUCAGAGAAUGAUUGUAUGCAAUCAGGUCAUGAAGUUCCUCCUAGACCGAAUAGACAGAGAUGAGAGGCAGGAGGCCAAGAAGAAGAAGAAGGAGGAACAAGUAGAGUCCAAGAAGAGGUUGGCCACCGCCAAUAAGCUCGCCUCACUUCUUUACCGCCACAAAGAGAGCCUGAAGACAGAGAUCUUGAAGAAACGAGUGCUUCUUGAUCAGCAGCUCCAUCUAGAGGCCCAGGAGGAACUAAAGAAGGACCUCUUAAAGAUACGGAGGGAGAAGGAAAGGGCAGCAGCGCAGAAAGCUGCACAAGCGGCAGCCGCCGCUGCUGCAGCAGCUGCCGCCGCCGCCUCUCAAAGCCAAGACCAACACGUUCAAGCACGCAUACACAACAUAACCACUCAGCAGCACCACGUCACUGCCGUCACACCGACACACAAGAGGAAACGCGAUGAGGAAAGGGAGAGUGCAACGUCCGCUAAAUCCAAGAAGAAGAAGAUGAUCUCUACCACUAGUACCAAGGAGACCAAGAAGGACACCAAGCUCUACUGUAUCUGCAAGACGCCGUAUGAUGAGACAAAGUUCUACAUCGGCUGCGACCUGUGUACAAACUGGUAUCAUGGCGAGUGUGUGGGAAUCACAGAGAAAGCUGCUAAGGAUAUGGAUGACUACAUAUGUUUGGAGUGUAAACAGGGCCACAAGAACACCAAAGAGGAGCUCUACUGCAUCUGUCAGACGCCAUAUGAUGAAUCCCAGUUCUACAUAGGUUGCGAUCGAUGUCAGAACUGGUACCACGGUCGCUGUGUGGGCAUCCUGCAGAGUGAAGCAAACCACAUCGACGAAUACGUCUGCCCGCAGUGCCAGUCAACAGAAGACGCCAUGACGGUCCUCACGCCGCUCACUGAAAAAGACCUUGAAGGCCUGCGGAGAAUCCUGCGCUCCUUAACAGCACACAAAAUGGCAUGGCCAUUCCUAGAACCAGUGGACACAAGUGACGCCCCUGACUACUAUAAAGUUAUCAAGGAACCAAUGGACCUUUCCACCAUGGAAGAGAGGUUACAGAAGCGCAAGUACGUCAGGCUAACAGAGUUUGUAGCAGACAUGACCAAAAUCUUCGACAACUGCCGCUAUUACAACCCAAGCGACUCGCCCUUCUACCAGUGUGCCGAGGUUCUGGAGAGCUUCUUUGUCCAGAAGCUCAAAGGCUUCAAAGCUAGCAGGUCUCAUAACAACAAACUACAAUCAGCAGCCUCUUAGCGUUCUUAAAAAAAGAUAGAAGUAAGAUACAGAUGACUGUUUGAUUUUUUUUAAAAAAUCUUCCACACUCCCAACUUUUCCUGCAUCUCAUGAGCCGAGGUCACUUCCAGAUGAAAAUCCCCCCCUUAUUUGGAUAAACGCUCCAGCGCCGCCACUGCAAAGAAAUGGGAAGUGGAUUAUUGAGACCUCCAAGGUGCCAGCUGAAGAUGGUGAUAAACGUUCCACCUUCAGACCAGUGCGGGCCAGUGGAAACAUCCAGUUGCCAAAGAAGCCAAUCAGCACAACCACUUAGGUUGGUCACUCAGACAGCCAUGGUGCUUCGAUGAGAAUUUGGAAGGAAACGGUGCAAAAUGUUCAACACUUAGGUCACUAAAGUAUAUAGUUUAGGUGCCUUCACUUUGUUUCCCUCGCGAGCUAAUUUUCAAACGACCAACCCAACACGAUCUACCUUACAUACAGUAUAAAACUUUAAAUAUCUCUUACAUUGGCUCCUCCACUAAUACUUAAACUGGUUUACCUGUCUGGAGGAAGUAUGAAUGGACUGCCGGCAUUCAACGUGAUGAGCACCUCUGCUCUAGACCAGUGGUCCCCAGCCUUUUUUGCACCACGGACCGUUGUGAUAUGGGCCUUUGUUUUUUACGGACUGGCAAGGUGUGGCAGAAAAUUACAGUAAAUGUAAAACAACACGACAGGGCUUAAAACGAACGUUAAGUGCAGGGAAAAUGUAACUCACCAUACCCAGAAACAACCUUUUUACCAGCGGCCUUUCCUAAAACUUGACAGCAAAUAUCCUUGGUUGCAGGCAUAAUGAUUUUUUCUCCCGUUUCUUGGCUUUGUACGAUGCUCCCAGUGCAUUCGCUUUUGUAGCCCCGUUUGCUAGCUUUUAGCCACAUAUUAUGCAGAAUGGACUUGGUUGUAGGCUCUUCUGGCUCAGCAGGUGGCCUUUUUCCCGUAAUAAAGCUGGCCAAAGAAAUGGCUGCCCACAGCACACAGCCAACAGUAGCGAACGUUACUGUAUACAUUGACUGAUGCUGGGUUGCUAUAGGUGUGCAAACACCCCAGUAAUGGCGGCCAACCUCUAGAGCGCUAUGUACGGAAACCUCUACUCUGAUUAAUCAAAAGAGUAGACUGGCAUAUUGAUGUGUCAGGAGGCACAGGCCAGAUUGUGGUUGUUAAAAAAAUUAUUAUUUCUCUGGGGGCCCGGAAGCAAAUGCGCCAUAGACCGGUACCGGUCCCCGGCCCGGUGGUUGGGGAUCACUGCUCUAGACUAUCCAACAACAUCAGUUUCCUGGUUAGCCCUGUAAUGACUCACAACGAGUCCAAGGCCUGCCCAAAGUCAGCUUACCUGCUAAAUUCUUAAGAUAACAAAAAUUACGAAUGUAAUUACAGCUCUACAAAUGCCGUAUGACUGCCAAAACUCUGGCGGUCAACAGGGUUGAAAUGGAACUGGGAUUGUCAUCCAGAGUAACAUAGCUCCCCUUAAAAAUAUAUAUAUAUAUGGCGGAAAAUACCCAGGUGUCUUGAAGUUCUGCUCUGAGGCCCCCAAUUUGGCCAAAUUUCAAAAUUGUCCUAUACUCAUGUGUGAUAUAUCAUUGGAAAGCUUAAAAUCUAAAUUUUCUGGGGGAAGAACAAUUUUGAACAGGAGGGCAUUUAAAAAAAAAAAAAAAAAAAAAAACAAUUUAAACAGGAAAACCCUAAAUGGAGGUGAGAGCAGGCGAGAGCAAAAUUAAAGACGCCAUGAUUUUAACGAGACAUUAUCGCGUACUUACCUCUUUUCGGUCCAAAAACUCCAUGUAGCAUGUAUCACCGAGUGUCAAGACACAGCUGUGAAUGGCAACGGCUGGAUUUAUGGGGGAUUUAAUGGGUGAAACAUGGUAAUAUAACAAGGGUCGCGAUGCAGAAAUGGCAGACAUCAAGGAGUGGUCGAAAUUUUCAUAUAUUGACCCUAUGAAACUUUUUUUUUCUCUCGCUCUCUCUCUUUGGAUCAAUUAUUUGUGAUCUAAAAAACUGGGGAAAAGGCGACUAACGAAAAAAUUACAAGUGAUAGUUAUGAGGUAGCUAUCUGAGACUAAUUUACAGACGCUAAUUUUUUCAUUGUCACGUAAUUUAAGUUUCAAUUAUGCGCGUGAAUAAUUUUUUGAAGUCAAUUUUUUUUUUUAAAUAUUAAACAUCAAUUAAUGAUUCUAAGCUAAAAAUUACAGACAUUUCGAAUAAUAAAUCAGAUUACUUGCCUUCCUUUUUUGGUUAGAUUGAAACAAAAGCGUUUGCGCGACAUCUGUAAACUGUCGUUUCCAGGGUAAAACCGGCAAAUUAAAAAUAGUUUGGCGGCUUUUUCAGCCUUGUCUGUGUUUUCCGCCAUAUAUAUGUGCUGGUUUUUAUACAAAAGAUAAGUAUCAAUUCUGUACGUUCAGAAUGUUGGACUUAAUUGACUUUAAAUGAAUAGCAUAAUUUUGGAACAAGGGGUGUUUUGUGAAAAUCAAAUUAGAAAACAAAUUCUAAUGAACUUAGUGGUAUAAUAUAUACAUUUUGUGUUCUCGAUCAUACAAAAAUACUUUUUAUAGACCACAGGUGUGAAACUCAAGGCUCACGGUCCAUAUCUGGCUCGUUACCUCAUUUUGUGCGGCCCGCAAAAACAAUGUGCAUUGACGUCAUGUUUCUUGAUGAAAUACAAUUGUUUUUUCCCCCAUAUUGUUGUCACUUUCAAAAUAGAUAUUACAAGCACUUUUGAUAAAAAAUACUUCUACAUUAUGUUUUUACUUGCAUCUGGUUUGGCAACCAGGUCCUGUUCAACUUGUUUUCGAAAUGUAAUCGUUUGAAUCGUACAUUUAUUAUGAGAGCGCAGCAGGGGUGAAAGCCGGAACUCCCUGACAAAAAGGUUGCAACGGAGCCAAAGGUCUUUUUUUUUUUUUUAUUAGGUGGGGUCCAAACCUGCCAAAAACCACAGAAAUGAAAAAAAAAAGAAAAAACAU